CAACGUUCCCACUACCACUUCCCUCCACGUUCUCCAUAACCAUUUCUUCCCUUCCCUCCUCCCUGUUUGUUUCUCGAGAAAAUUACAGCUUUCUCGCUCUUUCUCUCUCAACUUCCUCCAAAUCCUUCCGACGCACCAAGAACUGAGAUGGCUCGCACGAAGCAAACCGCUCGCAAGUCGACCGGAGGAAAAGCGCCGAGGAAGCAUCUGGCGACCAAGGUGGUUCGCAAAACUGUGCCGGCUACUGGAGGAGUGAAGAGGCCACACCGGUUCAGGCCUGGAACUGUUGCUCUUCGUGAAAUUCGCAAGUACCAAAAGAGUACCGAUCUCCUGAUCAGGAAACUGCCAUUUCAGAGGCUUGUUCGUGAGAUUGCUCAGGACUUUAAGGCUGAUCUGAGGUUCCAGAGCCAUGCGGUGUUGGCAUUGCAAGAGGCAGCAGAGGCAUACCUUGUUGGGCUGUUUGAAGAUACCAAUCUCUGUGCAAUUCAUGCCAAGCGGGUCACCAUCAUGCCGAAAGAUAUUCAGCUUGCAAGGAGGAUUAGGGGUGAAAGGGCUUAGGUUUUUUCUGAAAUGGCGUGGGAUUCUGUGAGGCAGAGUAGUACCAAGUAGUUGAUUACAAAACCAACAAAAAAAAAGGAUUAGUAGUAGUUGUUGCUUUGAAAGUUUAUUAGUAUUAGUAGUAGUGGAUGAUUGUGGAUUGAUGCAAAGUACUGUGUUACACUGGUGCAGUGUUAUAUUUCCAUUUUGGUAUACAUUCUCUUUCGAUGUUUUUCUAAAAAAAUACUUCUAGUUUUUGUUGUUGUUG